AUGGAUAACAAAUGCCUUCUGAAUUACCACUUCAGGAGAUUUAUCGACAACAACAAACUACCCAUACAAUUUACCCUUUUUUACACAUCAUUGAAAGAUUUUUUAGUUCCAUUGCGCACAGUUGGGUUUCAACAGACAUUUUUAAAAGGAAUGAUAAAGUCACUCAAAGCUGUAAAUUGCCUUAUUGCAUGUAAACUGAUUUUUUGCUCUGAAAAUAUUGUUAUUAAUUCGUACAAAUACUACAACUCUAACUUAUUUAUGGUUCCCAUUAGCAUUGGAAUGGCUAUUUUUAAUGUGACCAUUUUGACCAAAUUAUUAAAGUACAGCAAAAAUUUUUUACUACCAUUCGUUCUAUCAGAGACCAUCAUGUAA